UAAACACACUGUGUGACUUUAAUGUGAUAAUUAUAUAAAUUUUAUAAUUACAUAUUCAUAUCAAGGUUUUUAUGUAAGGGCUAUAUCAUCUCUAUGACAUGGAUAUCAUUUUGAUGUACUAUUUACUAUCACAAAUGAUAUAAGCUUGUUUACCUUACUAACACAUCAAGAUUAUAUUUCACAUGUAAUGUAAUAUUUACAUAUUAAUUUUACUUGUUCCUUACGUAAAUAGAAGGUCCACAAAGACCACUAUAAAGUUAUGUAAAUAUGAUUUAAAUGUUGUGUAAUAUCUACAUUUAAUAUGUAACAGUUACCCCUACUGCAGCAAAUUUCAUUUUCUGAAUGUUGGUAUGGACUGCAUAAUUGUCUGUCAACUGUCAAGUCAAAUAGCGGUUUUAAAUCGUCGUGGCCCGCGUUUUUUCACGUGUUGUGGCGUCUUCAGCAUAAUUAUCCUUGCGUAAUUUGCUUGAAAGUGUUUUUUAAAGAUAAAUACUUGGAAGUGCGGUAAAAGUAGGUGCUAGUGUUAUAGGUAUCCAUCUCGUGCGUAUUUGAACAAAUGACUAGCGAAAAACCGUAUGCUGUUAUCUACUUUGAGUCGGAGAAGUUGUAUUCAGAAGUGCCCGUUUCCUGGCUCACCACUGACAGGCAGAAAUGUUGGUGGCCAAAAUCAGUAAACGCUAAACCUUACAUGACUCGGGGCGAUAAGCCCCAGGAAAAUUGGAUUCUCUAUAACGUACGAGUGGAAAAGUAUUGCUCUACUCUAAAAAGUGCUAGAUUGAAGGCAGAAGAUCCAGAUUAUGUAUCAUCAAGCAACGAAACCCAAGAAAAAGGACGUGGUUUAAGAAAAAAACUACCGAAACGCUACGUGCCACCCGCUGACAAAAGCAGCAGUGAUGAGGGAACUAUUACACCCCCCCCUUCUCCUACGGUUAAGGUAGUGAGUCUGGAGGAUGUUAUUGUUGUGGAAGUUCCUCCAGACGAGUUCCCAUCCAAUACAAAUAGCGACAAGGAGCAACCGUCAUCUAGUACGCAAGGGUCUCCACAUAGGAAUUUAGAUGCUGGCCAGGACGAUAUCCAAAUAUUUGCAGAUACAUACAGUGAGAUAGAUGAUUCAAAUGUUGUGUUGACACAGGAGAUGAUAGAUGAGACCUUGCUGCAUAAUUUAGAAAUCGAUCAACCAAGCAAGAAAUGUGAUUGCCAAAAAUCCAUAUUAAAGGAAGUUUACAUAAAAACUUCGAAAUUGGAAAAAAUGAUGGAAGAGAUUAUGAAAAUAUUCAGUUCUCUAAAAACAUCCAACAAUAUAAUCACGUGCAAUGAACAAAAACUUGACCUUCUUGCACAGUUACCAUUGAAACAUAAACAGGACAUCAUAGAUUUCGACCAUAAGAUCACAAAUGAACAAAAUAUGAAGGACACUUACGCAAACUUUUUAAGAGGAAUAGGGGGCAAAGAUGUGAAGGACUUCGUCAAUCGCUGCCUUACCUGCCUGUUUACUAAUGAGUUGGGAAAACUUUGUUCUUUGGUUGGCCAAAGAGGCAACUUGCGACUUGAUGAAUAUACAUUUAUAAAAAUUUUUCAAGAAAUAGUAGCGGUCACAAAAGGAUCUUCUCGUUACGAGGUUGAGAAGGCUAUCGGUGAAUGGUUCCGGUUAAGUAAUCAGAGGUUAAAUAGAGCCAACAAGAAGGAACGUAAAUAAAAACUUUCCAUUGAAUAUAUUGUUAAAUUAGAAAUUAGAAUUUCAUUUUGGUUUAGUGAUCAUCAUUGUUGAGGAGUUAAUAUUUUAGUUUAUUCAUUUUUGUGUAUGAGGAGUUAAUGUUAUUAUUUUUAAUUUGUUAAGUAUUGGACGUGCAAUUAUAUUUUAUUUGUAAUUACAAAUUAUUUUUAAGAAGUAUUUUUU